AUGAAAACAUUUUCAAACGCCAAUGGUCAAGAUUUGUAUGAAUACUUAUCUGGAAAUCCAGCAGUGCUAAAAUUUUCUCAUUCUAUGCAAGCUAACAACGAAUUCAAAAGAAAUUUAUUGAGACUUGAGAAUUCGAGAGAGUUGAGAAGUAAAUUUUAUGAAAUUCCACAAAACCUCGAGCAGUGA